AUGGCCACGUCGGGUGCCACCAGCCCUGCGCUGCUGCCGCCGCUGCUGCUGCUGCUGCUGUGGCGGGCGGCCCCCAGCACGCAGGACGCGGCCCCCCCGCAGCUGCGGCUGCGGCUGGCGGGGCCGCGGGGGCCCCAGGGCGAGGGCCGCCUCGAGGUGCUCUACCAGGGCCGCUGGGGCACCGUGUGCGACGACGGCUUCGACUUCCGCGUGGCCACCGUGGCCUGCCGGCAGCUGGGCUACGCCGCGGCCAUCACCUGGACCCACAGUGCCACCUACGGCCAAGGGGAAGGCCCCAUCUGGCUGGACAACGUGCAGUGCGCGGGCAGCGAGGCCUCGCUGGGCGAGUGCGCGCACAACGGCUGGGGCGCGAGCGACUGCCACCACGGCGAGGACGUGACGGAGGGCGCCGUGGAGGUGAAGGUGGCCGGGCGCUGGCGGCCGGUGUGCGGCGCCGGCUGGACGCGCAACAACAGCCGCGUGCUGUGCGGCAUGCUGGGCUUCCCCCGCGAGGUGCCGCGCGGCGACAGCCUCUCCAGGAAGCUCUGGAACAGGAAGCUGCAGGACCCCGGCUCCAGCCUGAGCAACGUGAGCGGGCAGCAGCCCUGGUGGGAGCAGCGGGUGCAGUGCCGCGGCUCGGAGCCCCACCUGUCCCGCUGCGCCGCGCGCCCGGCACUGCCCGCCUGCCCCCGCGGCGCCGUGCCCGCCGUCGUGCGCUGCGCGCCCGGCCCCGCCGCCGCGCCGCCCCGCAGGAGCCCCCCGGAGAAGGUGGGUCCCACCGCGGCCCCGUGUCCCCCCCGUGUGGCACCCCAUGCACUCACGGGUGGCUCCCUGCAGCAGGGCCUGCGCGUGCGCCUGCGCGCCGGCACCCACGCCGCCGAGGGCCGCGUGGAGGUGCUGCGCCACGGGCAGUGGGGCACCGUGUGCGACAAGCAGUGGGACCUGCUGGCGGCCAGCGUGGUGUGCCGGCAGCUGGGCUACGGCUCUGCCAAGCAGGCGCUGGCGGGCGCGCGCAUGGGCCAAGGCCUGGGGCCCAUCCACAUGAGCGAGGUGCRCUGCGGCGGCCACGAGCGCUCCCUGGGCGAGUGCCGCUUCCGCGAGGCCGAGCACAGCGGCUGCGGGCACGAGCACGACGCCGCCGUCCGCUGCCACGUGCCCCGCACGGACUUGCAGAGCCAGGUGCGGCUGGYGGGGGGCCGCAGCCCCGAGGAGGGYGUCGUGGAGGUGCUGGUGGCCGAGCGGGGCACGUACAAGUGGGGCGCCGUGUGCGGCGCCCAGUGGGGGCUCAACGAGGCCAUGGUGGUGUGCAGGCAGCUGGGGCUGGGCUUCGCCAGCCAUGCCCUCCAGGAGACGUGGUACUGGGCCGGCAGCGCCGACGCCGCCGAGGUGGUGAUGAGCGGCGUGCGCUGCGUGGGCACCGAGCCGGCRCUGCAGCAGUGCCAGCGCCAUGGCCCCGUGCACUGCCCCAGCGGCGGCGGGCGCUUCUCGGCCGGCGUCGCCUGCACCCGCCACGCCCCGGACCUGGUGAUGAACGCGCAGCUGGUGCAGGAGACGGCCUACCUGGAGGACCGGCCGCUGGCGCUGCUCUACUGCGCCCACGAGGAGCACUGCCUGUCCCRCUCGGCCGAGCGCAUGCACUGGCCCCACGGCCACCGGCGCCUGCUCCGCUUCUCCUCGCAGAUCCACAACCUGGGCACGGCCGACUUCCGACCGCGCAUGGGGCGGCACGCCUGGACCUGGCACCAGUGCCACCGGCACUUCCACAGCAUCGAGGUCUUCACGCACUACGACCUGCUGACGCUCAACGGCUCCAAGGUGGCCGAGGGCCACAAGGCCAGCUUCUGCCUGGAGGACACCAACUGCCCCGAGGGGCUGCAGCGGCGCUUCGCCUGCGCCAACUUCGGUGAGCAGGGCGUGAGCGUGGGCUGCUGGGACACCUACCGGCACGACAUCGACUGCCAGUGGGUCGACAUCACCGACGUGCCGCCCGGCAGCUACACCUUCCAGGUGGUGGUGAACCCCACGCAUGAGGUGGCCGAGUCGGACUUCUCCAACAACGUGAUGCGGUGCCAGUGCAAGUACGACGGGCAGCGUGUGUGGAUGCACGGCUGCCACACCAGCGAUGCCUACGGYGCCGACGUGGUCAGCGAGCUGGAGCGGCGGGAGCGCCUGGCCAACAACCUCGUGUGA